GAGCGGUUCGCCGACGCUGUGCAGAAAGAAACGAGAGCUAGCAAGCGAGAGCGACGACGCCCCGCAACGAGAACAACAAAAGAGCCGAGCGCGUGUGCGAGCAAGAUAGCUGUUAAGCUGCCCAGUGAGAGGCCUGCAAGAACGAGACAGCCAAUCAGUGUACGAGCAAAGAAAAAGAAAACAAAGAUACUCGCCCAGAGCAGUUGGCUACCUGCCUUUGGUGUAUAUGCUUGUCUAUGUGUAUGUAUGUGGAGGCGAGAGAGAGAGUAAAUAGCAGACAAAGCAGGCAGUGUACAUAAACGAAAAGCAGCGUGGUCGUUCAGUCGGAGUCGGAAAAUAUUACUCGAAGCGAACGGACGUUGUGCGGUCGGUUCAAUUUCGAUAUUUCUUACUUUAUCGCUAAUCAAACACAAGUAAAGCGACCACUAUAAAUAAUCAAACCAAAAACAUGUGUUUAACUAUACCAGAAGAGCUCAAAGCUUAAGUUAGAAAAUAAUAUUAAAUAAAAUAAAUAGGAAAUCUAACAGAAAAUUUCCUUUGUGUGACAAAUGCAGCAGCAACGGCAACGACGACAACAACAACAACGUCUGCUGCCUUAUAUACGAAGCGCGUGUAUGUGAGUGUGAAUGUGUGCGGGCAGAAAACAUAGAGCAAAGCAUAAUACACAAUAAAGGUGCCCACGAAAGCAGAGCAGCCGAAAGUUCCAACACGCGUGUGUAUGAGUGUGUGUGUUUGCUUUUGUGCAGUUUGAAGUAAAGAAGUAACACAACAAAAAAUUUAAAACAAAAGUGAAGUAAAAAUAAGAAACCGCUGACUCAAAACUGUGGAUUAUAUACUUGGAUUAUUUACCAAUGCCAUUGGAUUAUGUACAUAUGUAUAUAUGUAUGCAAGGCGACCACCGCGAUGCCAAUUAACUGGCUGGAUUAUUAGUGGAUUAAAAACUGAACUCAAAGAUUGACGCUUGUGCGAAAUAAGAAACAAAAGUAUUUAUUACUAUGAUGACGCCAGAGUCGAAAGGAAUACCGCCAGCAGCAGCAACAACAACAAAAGCACUAACAGCAGAAGCGGCACCAACAGCAGAAACAACAACAAUGGCUCAUGCACAACAAAAGUUGUCAACGCUGGCAAAAACAACUACAACAACAGCAACAGCGGCAACAAAUAAGACGGCCAAAAGCAUUGUCAGCAAUGCAAAUAGCAAUAGCAACAACAACAAUAAUUCCAGCAAAAAGCAUGCUUUGUCUCAGAAAACAACAACAACAACAGCAGCAGCAACAACGAACGGCGUUGAUAAAAUGCAAAAGCAACAGCAACUAAAGAAUCAACUUUUUGCUGCCUGUAGCAUUAAAGUAAAAAGUGAAAACACAUUAGCAGCGACAAAUGUUGCAGCAAUACUUGCCACCGGCAAAGUGGCAAAAACAAUAUUAGAAAAUGGCAUCAAGAAGGAAUCAACGCCUCCGGUAACAACGAAUGCUGUUGAAUCAGUUGAGGCAUCUUCAUCCUCCUCCUCUUCGUCUUCAUCCUCCUCUUCCUCAUCAUCUUCAUGGUCCACGACACGUCGGGCCACUUCAGAGGAUGCCAGCAGUAAUGGUGGCGCCUCCGCUGAUGAGGACAAAACGGAGGAGGACCGUACGGAUCAAGCAUCUACAACAGCGGCGUCAACGACUUCCGAUUUGGCCACAACUUCAAGGCCACGCCCCGUACUUUUAACGGCCGUCAAUCCGCACAUCAUCUGUCACCUCUGCCAAGGAUAUCUGAUCAAUGCCACCACAAUUGUCGAAUGCCUGCACUCCUUCUGCCACAGUUGCCUCAUUAAUCACCUGCGAAAGGAGCGAUUCUGCCCGCGCUGCGAGAUGGUCAUCAACAACGCCAAGCCGAACAUCAAAUCGGAUACCACGCUCCAGGCGAUUGUCUAUAAGCUCGUGCCGGGCCUUUACGAACGGGAGCUGAUGCGUAAAAGAGCCUUCUACAAGGAUCGUCCACAGGAAGCGGCUUUGGCCACGCCCGAACAGCGAGGCGAUGAUACAGAGCAUCUGAUCUUCAGUCCCUCGGAUGAUAUGUCGCUGUCCCUGGAAUACGCUGAAUUGGGUGAACUAAAAACCGAGUCGGAGUCUGAGCUGGUGGACACACUGCGUCCGCGGUAUCUUCAAUGUCCGGCCAUGUGCCGUGUUAGCCACCUGAAGAAGUUCGUCUACGACAAGUUCGAGAUUCAUGCCGAACGUUUUAGUAUCGAUAUUAUGUACAAGGUCAAGACAAUCGUGCUGCUAGACUACUAUACUCUAAUGGAUAUUGCGUAUAUCUAUACGUGGAAGCGGGAUGCACCCAUGCGGUUUUACUAUCGUGUUUAUGAGUCGCCACAGCCGCUGGUUAAGUCCAUUCCACGUCGGGUCUUGCCACUAAAACUAGAGAAGUCAGAGAAGGAGAAUCAAGAGGAAAGAAAGGAGAAGCUGCCAGUGGUAGAUGUAGUUCCGGCGAAGGUGGAACCUGCAACAGUGCCAGCUAUUGAAGCUUCCAUUAAAGUGGAGCAGCAGGAGGCCAUUAAGGAAAUUGUAGUCAAGGAGGUGGUCAACAAAGAGGUAGCGACAACACCGCCCACGACGGAGCCACUAAAGUUGGUUAUCAAUCGAAAUAUGCUGGAAAAGCGCGAAAAGAGUCACUCGCCGCAGACGAAGAAAAGUUCACCCACCACGCCCGUUUCUUCACCCUCCGAGCCCAAUAUCAAGCUGAAGAUCGAUCUGUCCAAGCAGAACAGUGUGACCAUAAUCAAUAUGUCCGAUCCGGAACGCCGAGAGAUUGUGAAGCCCCUGAAACCCGAGAAGGAGUCGAGGUCUAAGAAGAAGGACAAGGAUGGCAGUCCCAAGUCAUCGAGUAAUUCGAGUUCCUCUACAAGUGGCGAGCGUAAGCGUAAGAGUCCCAGUCCGCUGACAGUUCCACCCUUGACCAUUCGCACGGAGCGUAUUCUGAGUCCCAGUGGAGUGAGCACUCUGAGUCCUAGAGUAACCAGUGGUUCAUUCUCAGAAGAUCCCAAGUCUGAGUUCCUCAAGUCUUUUGCCCUGAAACCCAUCAAAGUGAAAGUUGAAUCCCCAGAGAGAAUGUUCAAUAGCAGAGCCAUUACCCCGCCCUCGGGUACGGUGCAGGAAUCAACAUUGCUGCCCAAAUCUAAAAGUAAUUUGGACGACAGCAUGCUGAUGAAGCCGCCCAGCUGUAUGCCACCGAAAUCCAUUGCCUCUUCGAAGCGAAAGAGCAAGGAACCAGUCAAGGCAGUGUCCAAGAAACCGAAGCUAUCACCUCCACUUCCCACGGUGGACUUUAAGAUACGUUUGCCAGCCACCAAUGGUAAUAGUCCAGCUUCUCCAAAGAUCGAAAAGCCACUGAUGCCGCCGCCAUCGAAGCCACCGAUGUUGGCACCACGUAAACUUCAAUCCUCCUCGCAGUUUGCCACUCCUCCACCUCCAUUGCAUCAUCAUGCCGGAGUACAGAUGUCAGCUCCGGGCAAUCGGACGCCCAUCGCUAAGCGUUAUCAACCGAUUUUACCCAAGGCUUCGCGUCCCAAUCCCUUUGCCAAUAUACCAAACGAUGUCAAUCGAUUGCUCAAGGAUGCCGGUACCGAAAUCAAGUCGAUUGGUGGUGGAGGAUCUGGAGAAAACAGCAGUGGCCAAAAGUCGCAUGUCUAUGGACCCAAGGGAGAUAACAAGAUGGGACCACCGCCACCACCGGGAAUUGCCUCUAAUGGAGGGAACUCCACUCAGAAUAAUAGGAAUCCCGGCAAGCAAGGACAGAUGCCAGCUCCAAAUAAGAAUAAUAGUUCGAAUAACUAUCUGAAUCUGGCACUGUUUAACUCGAGCAAGUCCAAGGGCAAGGAGGCGCCACCUGGUUGCCGUACGCCCAUGUACACGCCCAAUUCGCCCAUUUACUCGCCCAGUUCGCCGCAGUACGUGCCCAGCUAUAAUAUUCCAACGAUGCCCACCUACAAGUAUACGCCGAAGCCAACGGGAAAUGCCGGAAGCGGUAAUGGAUCAUCUGGCAAUGGUUAUCUGCAGAAUAUUUUGGGAGGCGGAAAUGGUGGCGGUCUUGGCGGACUUUUCCCCUCACCACCCAUCAAAUCAGAUCAGAAUACCAAUCCUGCGCAAGGUGGCUCAUCUUCAGGUGGUCAAACCGGAGGUAAUGGUACUUCCAAUGGCAAUCUCUAUCUGCCCAAUGAAGAUGCUCCCGAGAAGCAGCAGGUGAAAGUCAAGUCGCUGCUCAAUUCGUGCAACAUCAACAUUCCCUCCUCGCUGUCAAUCACAAUCUCUCGGGAUAGUGGUGAUCCCUCGUCGCCCAACAAUGGCCAGCAUCCCAAGCACAAGAGUCCGGUUAAUAACUACAUUGAGAUUGUUAAGUUACCCGAUCAGCCGCAGGAUCAGGCCAAGGAGGCACAGAAACGACAGUCGCCGCCUGUUGUGACACCAGCACCAGUGCUGCCAGCCAAGUUGCCACCACCGCCGCCAUCGAAGGCUAUUCCCUCGCCUCAACAUUUAAUGUCCCGCAUGACUCCGCCACAGUUGCCCCAAGUGGCCACGCCCCCGCCUCUAAGUGUUCCACGUGUGAUUACGCCACCAAAAACCUCACCGCCGGCCAAUGUGGCAGCCAAAGGAACGCCUUUGAAGCCAGUGCUUACACCCACGCAGGCAGAUAAGAAGACGCCCAGUCCGGAAAAGCGAAAUGCCGCCCAGAUGGGCAGCCAUUCACCCACCGCCAGUGAGAACAAGUCGCCCAAGAGUGGAUCAGCCGGAGGAGCAAACUCGGCAACGGCCAGCCAGAAUGGUGAUCCAGCGGCCAAGAAGUUCCGGCCCAUCCUGCCACGUCAGAACGCCAUGCCUGAGUUGAUGCCGAAACUGCCACCGCUGGUGCCUUCUUUUGGCUUCAAUCCACCUCAGAGCCCAGCCACUGGCAAGAAGGUGGCGCCCAGCAAGAAGUCACCAAAUUCGAUAGCUUCCUCGCAACAACAGUCUGGUCAACAGAAGCUAGCCAAUGGUGGUUCACCCCAACAGCCGGCGCCGCAGAAGCCCAGUCCCCCGCAGAAAAGCCAACAGCAGGGUAAAAAAUCCAAAAAUCCCACACCACCGCCUCCAUCCCUGCCAGCGGUGGGCAAAAUGUUGCCACAUCCCGGAAUGCAUGGACAGAAUGCUCCGCUAAGUAUCGCCUCCAGUGCCAGUGCCGCAGCCGUGGCCUCGGGACAACUUGACCUGAGCAACUUCAUCAAGGAGAACCUGAUGCGAGUACAGGCGGCGCAGGCUGCCCAGGCUGCUCAGGCUGCCCAGGCGGCGGCCGUGGCUGCUAAUCAGUCGAACAUGAUGUACAACUUUGCCCAAAUGGGUCACCUGUCCCCGGCUAUGUACAACUACCAGCAGGCAUAUCUCAUGGAGCAGUUGUCGCGGAUGCAGCGCGCCGGCAACGAGGUGUUCAACGAUUACCUGCAGAAGCUAAAGACAGCCGCCGGUGGAAGUGGUGGUGGUCCAAUGGAAGGGGAAGUAAAACCCAUGUUACCCACCGUUACACUGCCCAGUCCGGGAGCCACACCGCCGGCAGCGAGUCCGAAAACAUCACCCCUGCCCGCUGGUAAACUGACGGCUGCAGCCACGGCGCCACAGACCAAGGGACCGAGCAGCAACAACAAUGGGGCACGGCAACAGACGGCGUCCACCGGCAAUAGCGGAGCAACAGCUUCUUCCGCUGCUUCCCUGCCACCGGCCACGAAGAGCAAGUGAAGGCGUAUUACUGCCCUGAAUGCAACCCCCACGUAGCUCUAAUUAAUUUUUAAAGACCUUGUUUUAGUUAUUCAUUAACGUUACCCGUUCGUGUUCGUCGUUGCUUUGGCAAAAGUCCACGACCAGAACCAAUUCCUCGCCCUAAUUACGGUGGCAUGGAAAAUCCAACCCCACUGCGUCCAGCACCUGGGGGUGGAUUCUCUUCACCCAAAAA